AUGAAUAUAAUUUGUUACCUUGGAUACAAAUAUCAGAAACUUCUCUGUUUCUUGUGUGUUUUGUUUCCUCAUUACAGUUUUCAGGAGCCACUAAAAGAGGAGGAAGAGGAUGAGAAAGACCCAAACCCUCCAAUGAUGGUUCCAGUUGCAGAUCUCUUGAAUCAUGUAGCCAACCAUAAUGCGAAUCUGGAAUAUGCAUCAGGCUGUUUGAAAAUGGUUUGUGUGAGAGCCAUCCAUCGGGGUGAGGAAGUGUUCAACACAUAUGGGGAGUUAGCCAACUGGCAGCUGCUGCAUAUGUAUGGUUUUGCAGAACCCUUUCCCACAAACACAAAUGAUGCCGUGGAUAUCCAGAUGAUGACUGUUUUCAAAGCAGCACUACAGGCUGCAAAGACAGAAGAAGAACAGAAUUUGGUCCAUGAAAAGUGGCAUCUUCUGUGCCAGCUUGAGAUGGUUGGAGAAGAAGGAGCUUUUGUAAUUGGUCAAUCAGAAGUGCUUACUGAAGAAGAAUUACAUACGACACUUAAGGUCUUGACCAUGUCUGUGGAAGAUUUCACGGAGUUCAAAGAAAGUGAAGGGUGGGAAGAGGAAGAUGAAGAUGCUUGCACUUUAUCCCACAAUAAAAUACAAAAACUGAAACCUUCUUGGAAACAACUUCUUCAUAGUAGUAUCCUGUUAACAUUGCAGGCCUUCAGCUCUGAUCUAGAGGCAGAUAAGUGCCUAAUCAAUGACCAGAAAGCUUACAGAGGACUUAGCAAAAUAGAAAAGUAUGCACUGCAUGUCCGAUAUGGGCAGAAGAUGCUUUUACAUAAACUGUUGCAACUUUCCAGUUGUUGAACAAUAUUUGUAGGAAUUAAACAAGAGUGAUGGUGUGCAUCUGUGCACGCACAUGUGUAUGUGUUGCUGGAAGGUUAGUCUUCUGUAUCAGAAACAUGCGGUUUUGUAAUCCACACAAUGCGCAAACAAAAGUUGUAUUUUACACAGUU